AUGCUCUUCAAUCUCCACAAGACCUCCUUAACAGAUACUAACAGAGCGGCAGCAUUUUGUACAAGCAGUAAUCACAGGGAUCACAAUAGACUCUAUCCUUCCUUUAGCCGUCAAGAGGAACUUGGAUAUACGUCCAGACGUCGAAAUUUUGGACGUAGAAGUUGGUCUUCUACAGGGAAGCCUCCAUUUGCAGAAAAACAAUGGUUAUUGAAUCAUUGCGAUGGCAGUGAAUCGGUUCUCUUAAAUCGACACGCUGGUGAACAUACUAGGACCAUUUCUGUGGCCGGCAUUUGCCGAACUCUUUCCGAUAGUUUGAAGGAUCACUUUCGUGUCGGAAUAAUCAAACCUCCUACCCCUGUUAAUACACCAAAUGCCAAGAAAAGCGAAACCCUAUUGGCUCCAGAGGCUUUUUCUUCCUAUCCACAAUUCGAUCGACAACAAUCCUGCGAAGACAAUGACUGCCAACCACCAUUGAAACAUCUUGCUCCACGUCGUUUCGAAGAGAACUCUGGUCAAAAACGGCGUAUGCAAUACCACCAUGAAGGAUCCCAGGGUCUUCCAGUUCACUCAACAACUGAUAGUGGUUGUUGUCCUAGAAAAAUCUCCCACCAAAUCACGGACUCUCAGUAUUAUCAGUCUAGCCAUGGUGAUACAAUAGACAAUGGUGGAGUAUCGGGGUCAGUUUCAAAUACUGCUGACGAUAACGCCUCUAUUUCGGAAUCUAUUCUUAAACACAAACGGGUGCUCUUAAAUGUUGGCGGGUCUCAACAUGAAGUUUUAUGGAAAACUCUGGCUAGAUUGCCGAAUUCCCGAUUAGGUCGACUUUGUCGAGUUAAAACUCAUGCUGACGUAAUGGCGCUGUGUGAUGAUUAUAACCUCGCAAAGAACGAAUUCUUCUUUGACAGAAAUGCUACCUCCUUUGAUGCCAUCUUAAAUUUCUACAGAACUCGAGUACUACAUAUGGUUGAAGACAUAUGUGUCGUCGCUUUCAAGGACGAUAUGGAAUAUUGGGGCAUUAAUGAACUCUAUCUACACCCGUGUUGCCAACAGAGGUAUCACCAAAGACGAGAGAUUGUGGAAGAUGAGAUAAGAAAGGAAGAGCUUUCACUCCGUUGGCUGCAGGAUGAAGAGGAUAUGAACGGAAAUGACACAAUCUCGAAGACGAGAUGGAAAUUAUGGCAGAUUGUCGAGAAACCGCAUUACUCAAUGACAGCAAGGAUAUUCGCCAUAGUUUCAAUAGCAUUUAUAAUCAUUUCAACUGUGAGUUUAACUAUCGGAACACUUCCACAGUUCCAACCUAACAUCACAGAAAUCCGCCAAUCACCAGGUCUCUUCAACCAAGAAACCCUCCUUUCCUGGUGCCAGGAGUCCACUGAUGCCGGAAAUGUUGAUGACAUCGUCUGCGAAAAUCCCUAUCUCAAGAUAGUCGAGUUUAUUUGCAUCGCCUGGUUCACUCUUGAAUACCUGAUACGCCUUUGGGCAUGUCCCAAAAAGUGUAGAUUCUUCAAGGACACUCUCAACACUAUUGACCUCAUCGCCAUCUUUCCGUUUUACAUUCAUCUCAUAAUCAUGGAAGUCGCUUCAAGAAACAAAUUCAAGCUCCUGGGAUCCGUGCGCAAAGUCGUUCAGAUGUUUCGAAUUUUACGAAUCGUGAGAAUUUUUAAACUCGCCAGACAUUCAACUGGUCUACUAUCUCUGGGUUACACAUUUCGAAGGUCAUACAAAGAAUUGGGACUUUUAAUGACCUUCGUUGCCAUGGGAGUGAUCCUCUUCUCGAGUCUAGUUUACUUUGCUGAAAAAGAUGAAAAUGGGAAGAUGUUUAAAAGUAUUCCCGCCGCAUUUUGGUGGGCUGCAAUCACCAUGACAACAGUGGGUUACGGUGACAUGUUGCCUCGGACUCCGAUUGGUAAGGUCAUUGGAUCGGCAUGUUGCAUCUGUGGUGUCUUAGUCGUGGCUUUGCCAAUUCCUAUCAUCGUCAACAACUUUGCUGAAUACUAUAAGGAACAAAUGAGAAGAGAGAAGGCCUUAAAAAGGCGAAAUGCUUUAGAGAAAGCUGAACUUGACGGCAGUUUUUUCUCGUUUGGCUCUGAUGAUGCACUCAAAGAAAACAUGACCAAGAAUGAAAAUGCUUGGAGGGAAAAUCGAAUGACAAGACAGGAGCACGUGAAUUCCUCCGAGCGUAUAGUAGAAGGAACUGUGGAAACUAAGAAUUCUCUGGUAGGUUAG